AUUGAUGUCCUGCUGCCCCUUCCUGGGGCAACCCUCUCCCUAUGGCCAAUCCAGGACAGCCCCCUGCCCAAUAAAGCCAUUUCUUUGUAGCUUCUUGUCUCCUCUGCCAGCUCCUGGCCCAGUUUCUGGCCCUGCUCUGUGCUGGUGUGGCUGGAAGUGGCCCUGGAGCCUGGGGCCGCCAUGACCAAGCUGGGACAGUGGCUGUGCGGGCUGGCCGUGCUGGGCUCGGCCUGGGCCGCGCUGGCUCUGGCCCCGCCGCAGCUGCAGCCGCCGGCCCCGCUCCGCCAGGCGCUGCUGCCGCUGCCCGUCUACCUGCUCGUGGCCUUCGGCUGCUACUCCCUGGCCACCGUGGGCUACCGCCUGGCCACCUUCAACGACUGCGAGGAGGCGGCGGCCGAGCUGCAGGAGCACAUCAGGGCGGCGCGGGCCGACCUGCGGCGGCGGGGGCUGCGCCUCGGACCGCAAUAAAUACCGGGGACGGUGCU